CACUCACACCUUCAAGAUUGUUCUCUUGUCUUUAUUUUAAAAUAUCAUUCGCAUCUUUUACAUUGAUGAGCACAUGAUAAGUAAAAUAAACCCGUUUACUAAUGGUAUAUUGGACGAAAACAUGUUGUAAUUAGGACUUUUCAUUGUAGUUACCAAAAAAAGUUGACUUUUCAAAGAGACAUAAUAGAAAACCGAGAGUCGUCUAAUGUGUCGAGGGUUAUACGAAGAAAUCUUAUACAUCAUUAAUAUAGAUACUCAUGAUGCUCUCAUAUCACUCCAUCUGUGUCCGUUUCACACAAAACAUGAGUCUAUCUGUGAGAGAAGAAUGAAUAGAGGAUAGAACGAGUAGAUAGCUAUCAUCGGUCAUGAGGUCAGAAUGUUUUGUCGCAUAUUGACUGACGGACUUGACCUCAUUAGGCCAAUAGAAAUGAAGAAAAGUAUGCCCUUAUUAUUGGCACACCAUCCAAUAGAAUUAAAUAAUGCUCUUCUUCAUCAACAGAUUUUUUUAUUCUCUAGUAUUCUUAUUCACAAUUACUUGAACAAUCGGUUAUAUACUUUCAUUUCACAUAAAAAUGUCUGUUUUUUCUACUUCUUUUUUGUGUUUAUUACUAUUAUUAUUUACCUGUAUUAAAAGUCAAAAAUUACUAUACGAUUCAACAUGUGAUUGUACUUCAAUAACGUCGAAUGGUAAUGUUUGUCUUCAAUAUACUUGUGUAAUUAUAUAACGUAAACAAACAUGCUUUCCUGGUCGAAGUACUGUUGUAACUGAAAAUGGUUUAAUGAAAUCUUUAUCAAAUAUAGAAAUUGGGGAACAUGUACUCGUUAUUGAUAAAGAAAAUAAAUUAAUUUAUGAAUCUAUUGAAAGUUUUAUUCAUUUUAAACGAAAUGGUUCAUUUAAUUUUUUAUUAAUAAAUAUAAAAAUUGAUGAUCAUAGAAAUAUGACAACAUCUUUAUUUAUAUUAUCUAAUCAUUUAAUAUUCUUAGCAAAUGAUACAGAAUUAUUCAUUGGCUAUUAA